AUGAAGUGUGAGCACUGCACGCGGAAGGAAUGUAGCAAAAAAACAAAAACCGAUGACCAGGAGAAUGCCUCAGCCGAUGCCCCGAGUCCGGCCCAGGAGAAUGGAGAGAAGGGAGAGUUCCAUAAGCUGGCCGAGGCCAAGGUGUUUCUGAGCGACUGCCUGGCGUGUGACAGCUGUGUGACCGCAGAGGAAGGAGUCCAAGUUUCUCAGCAGAACGCCAAGGACUUCUUCCGUGUUCUGAACCUGAAUAAGAAAUGUGAUACCUCACAGCACAAGGUGCUGGCAGUGUCCGUGUGUCCUCAGUCUCUGCCUUAUUUUGCUGCUAAAUUCAGCCUCAGCGUCACAGAUGCAUCCAGAAGGCUCUGCGGCUUCCUCAAAAGCCUCGGGGUGCACUAUGUCUUUGACAUGACGAUCGCCGCAGACUUCAGCAUCCUGGAGAGCCAGAAGGAGUUUGUGCGUCGGUUCCGCCAGCACCGCGAGGAAGAGCCCCAGCUGCCCAUGCUGACCUCCGCCUGCCCCGGCUGGGUCCGCUAUGCGGAGCGCGUGCUGGGUCACCCCAUCACCCCCCACCUCUGCACGGCCAAGUCUCCCCAGCAGAUCAUGGGCUCCCUGGUGAAGGAGUACUUCGCCAGGCGGCAGAACCUGUCCCCAGACAAGAUCUUCCACGUCAUCGUGGCCCCGUGUUAUGACAAGAAACUGGAGGCUCUCCGAGAAGACGUCCCCACAGCCUCGCACAGUUCCCGGGGCGCUGACUGCGUGUUAACCUCAGGUGAGAUUGCCCAGAUAAUGGAGCAGAGUGACCUGUCCGCCAACGACGCCGUUGUGGAUACUCUGUUUGGUGACGUGAAGGAGGAGGAGGUGAGGCGCCACGAGGGGGCCAGCUCCGACGGGUACCUGGCGCACAUCUUCAGGCACGCAGCCAAGGAGCUGUUCAACGAGGACGUGGGGGCGCUCACCUACCGCAGCCUGAGGAACAAAGACUUCCAGGAGGUCGCCCUGGAGAGGGACGGGCAGGUGCUGCUGCGCUUCGCGGCUGCGUACGGCUUCCGGAACAUCCAGAACGUGGUCCUGAAGCUGAAGCGGGGCAAGUUCCCCUACCACUUCGUGGAGGUCCUGGCCUGCGCCGGGGGAUGCCUCAGCGGCAGGGGCCAGGCCCAGGCGGAGGACGGGCGUGCGGACAGGGCGCUGCUGCGGCAGAUGGAAGGCAUCUACGCUGCCAUCCCGGUGCGGCCCCCGGAGACCAGUGCCCACGUGCAGGAGCUGUACCAGGAGUGGCUGGGCGGGGCCGACUCCCCUCGGGCCCAGGCGGCCCUGCACACUGCCUACCAGGGCCCAGGGCAGCCUGCCAGCAGUCGGGACAUCAAGUGGUAA